AUGCCCGCAAUGAGUCUCCUUCCACCCAAUGAUAGCAUCCGGGUGAAGCGCUUACCGGAUCUUCCCAAGCAGCCUUCCCUAUUACAAGAAGAAGACCAGUUCCAGCCGCAAAGAAUGGCGCGCUGGCUGAACCUCACAGUAGGAAUCCUCGAAGUAUGCACAUCACCCCGGAAGAGAUACAGAGAUUUCGACAGCGGCGACCGCCUCUUCAAAUCGUUACAGUUCAGGCACAGAUUUACGCUUCUCAUGCCAGGAGAAAUAGAAGGAGCAGGAGAAAUAGGCGGAGAGGGCGUUUCAGGAGCAACACAUUGA